AUGACGGCUGCAGGGGAGACUGCACAAUUGGAGCUUGAAAACAGCCAUCCAGGUAGGCAUAAUGAAUUCUAUGUGCAGAGACGAGAACAUGGCAGCAGAAUGCUGCACAGGGAGGAAAGCCACACGAAUAAAGAUGAAACUGCUCUCUACAAGAAGCAAAACAACAAGGUAGCCACGGGGAAUUCCCUUGAGGCAAAAGAUAACUCAACAUUGUGGUGGUACUAUGGGGCGACGGAUGAUAUGGCGAUCGCAUUAGGAUAUGGUGCCACUGUCAUGGGAAUCGUGGGAGGCCACCAAGCUGAUGGUUUCCGCUAG